UCCGAACUGUUCGGUCGCAAGUAGUGCAAAAUGAGUGGACUCUUAAUCAGCUUUGCCGUGCUUCUAGCACUCUUCAACUCUGGGGCCGUCAACGCCCGCGCAGGCUAUGGGCCAGGCGAACAGGAUUGGGGCUUUGUGGAUGUUCGUGAGGGCGCCCACAUGUUCUACUGGCUCUACUACACCACAGCCAAUGUCACCAAGUAUACCGAUCGGCCCUUGGCCAUUUGGUUGCAAGGUGGUCCAGGUGCUUCUUCCACAGGCUAUGGCAACUUCGAGGAGCUGGGACCCUUGCAGCUAGAUGGCAGCUAUCGCGAAUGGACUUGGGUCAAGGAUAUGAAUGUUAUAUUCAUUGACAAUCCCGUAGGCAGUGGUUUCAGCUAUGUGGAUGGUUCUUCUUACUACACCACCAACAACAAGCAGAUCGCUUUGGAUUUGGUGGAGUUCAUGAAGGGCUUCUAUGCACUGCAUCCGGAGUUUAAGCAAACGCCUUUGCAUAUUUUCUGCGAGAGUUAUGGAGGCAAAAUGGCACCGGAGUUUGCUCUGGAGUUGUACUAUGCCAUACAACGAGGUGAGAUCGAGAGCAACUUCCAGUCAGUAGCUCUCGGUGAUCCCUGGACAUCCCCCAUUGACUCUGUGCUUUCCUGGGCGCCUUAUCUGCUCCAGUUAGGCAUUGUCGAUCAGGAUGGCCAUGAUAAGAUCGAAGCCGCAGCUUUAAAGACCAAGAACCUGGUUGAUGGUGAAAAGUGGACACAGGCCACACUUCAAUGGAGCUCCACGCAGUCGGUGGUACUCCGUGAAUCGAAGGGCGUGGAUUUUUACAACGUAGAGACUCCCACACGCGGUGAUAAGUAUCUGAGGCUGUUGGUAGAGAUGAAUCCGGAAGAGCGCAUGUAUCACACCUUGGUGCAUUUUGAUAUUGAUGAGGAUCGAGAUAAACUGCUAGAGGAUCUGAUGCGGGGACCCGUAACCAAAGCACUUAACUUAACCAUCAAGUGGGGCGCGCAAAGUGGGACAACUUUCAACAAGCUUAUGGGCGACUUUAUGAAGCCAGCUGUUCAUAUUGUUGAGGAGCUCCUCAACAGCACAACUGUUCAAGUUGGUGUCUUUUCGGGUGGCUUGGACUUGAUAUGUGCCACGCCCGGCGCGGUCAACUGGAUUGACAGUAUGAAAUGGAAUGAUAAGACCAAAUAUUUGAGCAACCCUCGCGUCGGCAUCACGGUGGACCGCGUGCUGGAGGGAUACCAGAAAGCAGCUGGAAAUUUCACCAUGUUCUGGGUAAAUCGCUCUGGUCAUAUGGUGCCCGCUGACAAUCCCGCCGCCAUGAGCCACAUCCUGCGUGAAUUCACAGGCUUUGGAUAGAGUUAGAAGUCAUAUAUGUUCCAAGAUAGCAACAAAUAAAGUUAAUUGAAAACUGAGACUCA